AUGGCUGAGGACUUAGAACUGUGGGACAUUAUUUGUGAUGGUCCUCAUAUUCCUGUAAACAAAGAUAAAGCUGGUAUGGAAAUCACUCCAAAAAUGAGGCAAGAAUAUAAUGAGGCAGACAAGAAAGCUGUGAAGAAGAACUACAAAGCAAAGAAGAUUCCUGUCUGUCGAAUAGGAGCUGAUGAGUACAAUCGAAUUUCAGCAUGUAAAACUGCUAAAGAGAUCUGGGAAACUCUCCAAACUGCCCAUGAAGGAACAACUCAAGUAAAAAACCCUAAAAUUGGCAUGCUCAUAACAGAAACCAAAGUAAAUGCCAUCUAUGACGCCAAAGAUCUCGCUAAGCUGAUUGUUGAUGAACUAAUAAGAAAUCUCAAGACAUAUGAGAUGAAGAUGACUUUGAAGAAGACAAAAAAGAAUGAAGUAAUGAAAGAGAGAAAUCUUGUUCUUAAAGCUGCAAGAGGGGAUUCAAGUGACAAUGAAUCUGAAAUGGGAAAUUCUUCUAGUGAAUCUGAAGAUGAAAAUGACCAAGGGAACAUAUCAUUGAUGACCAUUGAAGAUGAAGCAACUGAAAAUGGGUCAAUAAGUGCGCUUAUGGCUAAGUCUGACACGGAUGAUGAUGAUAAGGAGAUAAACUUUCUUGACAUAGAGAAAAACUUGAAAGAUGAGUUGAAUCAAGUAAUUGAUGAGACAGAGAAAGAAAGGGAUGACCUACGUAUAUCCUCUGGAGAAAUGAAGAAACAAAUCCAUGAGACAAACCAACAAUACAUUUUGUUGGAAAGCCAAGUGAGAGAAGGGGUGAAAAUAUCUUUCAAGGGAAAAGGUGAAGCAAAUGAAACCUUUCUAGUGCUUGAAAAGAUGUUAAAGAUAGCAAAACUAAGCCUCAUUGCUGAGAUUGAGAUGAAUGUGUUACUAGAAAAGGAUUUGAAUAGGGUUAAGUUUGAUUUUGAUAAAGCUCUCAAUUAG